UCAAACACCCUCAACGAGUUUGUCAACUCGGAUGGAUUUAGAACAUAAUCUAGGAGUUGGCCCCGACUGGUGGGGUGCUACGAUUUUUUCAAAAGUUCUUGUGACGUGCCGGUGCAGUUUGCAACAACGGAGAACGUAUCGCGGGCUGUGCGUAGCGAGGCUAGGGAGAAAAAGUUUGACAAAGUGUAUUGCUUCGCGACGAUAAAUAUCGCGAAUACGCCUUACGUCGAAGAAAUAUCGGGCACCGGAUUUCGCUCUGUAUUUUUUUUAUUCUUUUCGUUCGCUUCGUUUGGCUUCAAACAAACAUUAACGGUUUCAAGUCGCUCAACGCUGUCGCAUUUCACGCGAUUCUUUCACGAUUUGUGCUAUUGCGUGAGAAGAAGGGAGUACGGAAAUCAACUGUACGGCCCACCCGGGUAUCUUCUCGAAUUCCUCACGAGAUAAUGUAGGUGUAAAGCUAGUGGAACAAGGCCUUUAGGAUAUAAUAAUAUUUAAUGCCAGUGAAUACGCUGGAUGCUCGUCGCGUCGGCAUCCAAAACAAACCAUAUAUUUAUAGGAUAAUUGGAGCCGAGUGAAAACCGUACAGAAUGACGAUCGCCACUAGGGGACAGGGAGUUGGGGUGGACCCUCCCGAAGGUCAGCAGCAGACUGCACAGGCUGUGGUCGACUCGAAUAUUAAAGUUGCAACGAUGGAUGGUUAUCAACAGAUCCAUAGCCCUCCUGGGCCACAGCAAUUGGUGGAUGCCAUGUCUGGUCUACAGCUGACGGAGAAUGUCAGGCAAAGCGAAACAUCUGCCGAAAGUCUCAAUCCUGCAGAUGAUAGUAAUCAAAAACGUAAUGGGGAGCCUGACUUUCCUCGUGCAAAACUGGCCAUGCUUGACGAGAAAAUAUCCAGUCCUCGAUGGGUGGUUCCAGUCUUGCCUGAGCAGGAACUCGAGUGCCUGAUGCAAGCCAGCAUUGAUUUAUGCCGCAAAAAACUCGAUGUUCAAAGUGAAGCCUGUCAGCGGUUCUUUCGUGAAGGACUGACAAUAUCCUUCACUAAGAUAUUGACCGACGAUGCGGUUAACAGCUGGAAGUUAAACAUUCACAACUGUAUAAAUGCAAGUUGCGAACGACUGGUGGAACUUUGCGUUUUGAAACUAGACGACGAUUGGUUCCCUCUAUUGGAUUUGCUUGCAAUGGUCUUCAAUCCAAACAACAAGUUUCACACGUUCAAUGCAGGCAGAGUUUCCGAAACCGUGCCACAAGGAAGCAAUAUCCCUGACGAAGAACUCUAUGCUAGGCCAGUCUCCGACUCGAGGAGUCCCCGGGGCUGGCUUGUGGAUCUCAUAAAUAGGUUCGGAAGUCUCAACGGAUUUGAAAUACUGCUAUCAAGAUUUCAAAGUGGGCAGAAUUUGACAGUGCCUGUGAUCCAUGCCCUGAUCAAACCCUUUGGACAAUGUUACGAACUGUUGACCGUUCACACCAUCGUCAAAUACCUUAUGCCUGUGGUGGAAAUGGUGCCGGUUAUACUGGACAAUCUGACUGACGAGGAGCUGAAGAAGGAAGCAAAAAACGAAUCAAAAAACGACGCGAUAUCAGCGAUAAUCAAAGCAACAAAGUGUUUAGUAUCGCGAGUACCUCGGCCAGAAGAGAUGAUAAAAAAUCUAGAAAUAUUGAGAUUAAAGAUGAUACUGAGACUGCUACAGAUAUCGUCGUUCAAUGGAAAAAUGAACGCACUUAAUGAAGUAAAUAAAGUAAUCGCCAGUGUGAGUUACUACCCCCAUCGUAAUCCAGGCCUCGACGAGGAGGAAUGGCUCACAGCUGAACGGAUGGCGAAAUGGAUAAAAGACAAUGGGGUGUUAGAAAUUGUAUUGCGAGAUUCUUUACACCAACCUCAGUACGUUGAGAAACUGGAAAAAAUAUUGCGAUUCAUAAUCAAGGAACGUGCUUUGACCGUCCAAGAUUUGGAUGCUGUAUGGGCAGCGCAAGCGGGAAAGCACGAAGCCAUAGUAAAAAAUGUACAUGACUUACUAGCCAAGUUGGCAUGGGACUUUAGUGCCGAACAAUUAGACCAUCUUUUCGAGUGUUUUCAGUCGAGCUGGAAAACGGCCAACAAGAAACAACGAGAAAAAUUAUUAGAGCUGAUACGACGGCUCGCCGAGGAUGACAAGGAUGGUGUCAUGGCGCAUAAGGUUCUCACACUUUUCUGGAAUCUCGCCCAUUCCGACGAGGUGCCGACCGAAAUAAUGGAUCAGGCAUUGAACGCGCACGUCAAGAUUCUGGAUUACUCCUGCUCACAGGAACGAGAUGCUCAGAAAACGGUGUGGCUAGAUAAGUGUGUUGAGGAACUGAAAAGUGGCGACAAAUGGGCAUUACCUGCACUGAAGCAAAUACGUGAGAUUUGUUGCCUCUACGAACCGAAUCCUAACAUGGGAGUUAGUCAGCGCAGUCAUCAUGUAUAUUACAGACAAGAAGUUAUAGAGCGGUUACAAAACCAACACUCAGUUGUGAUACUCGUCACAAAUAGCUUAACAAAUUACAUGGAAAAGGUACGACGGAUGGUAAAAGAAAACCCGGAAAUUGACGCGGCAACUUUCAUGCCGGAUCGGCGUUACAGUCACACCGUUCAAGUGCAAGAGAGGUUGAAUUUCUUAAGGUUUUUACUCAAGGAUGGGCAGCUGUGGCUGUGUGCUGAACAGGCUAAGCAAAUAUGGCAAUGCUUGGCGGAACAGGCGGUGUUUGUAUCGGAUCGAGAAGCUUGUUUCAAAUGGUUUUCAAAAUUGAUGGGCGAGGAGCCAGACCUUGAUCCAGCUAUAAAUAAAGACUUUUUCGAGAACAACAUACUCCAGCUGGAUCCAGUGUUGUUAACGGAGAGUGGUAUAAAAUGCUAUGAACGAUUUUUUAAAGCUGUCAACUUCAAGGAGGGUAAAUUGAAACUCAAGAGACGGACUUUCUUAAUGGAUGACGUUGAUCUCAUCGGGACUGAUUAUUUAUGGCGGGUAGUCACAAACAGUCCAGAUGAGAUCGCGAACAGGGGAAUUGAACUUCUCAAGGAAGUCAACACCAAUUUGGGGCCGCGACUGCAGGCUUCAGUUCUCGCGUUUCACGAGACUUAUAUUGCCGAGUGUUUGGAUAGGUUGAAGGCUCACUUUGAUACUGUAUCUGUAUUGAGUAAAGUGUACCUAGAAGGUAAAGAGGAACGAGAGGAUCAAAUGGCCAAUAAAAUUCGAAUGGAAGCGGUUAAAAUGUGCCGAGUAAUGAUGGUACUCCAAGAGUACAUCAACGAGUGUGACAGCGCCUUUCCGGGAGAAAGGAAAAUCUUGCCCCUCUAUCGAGCAGCUCGUGGGAAGCAUUUAUCUCUAGUAAUACGAUUCGCUAGUCCUGGUCGUAAUAUUGAUGAUGUAGAUAUAUUCACACACAGUAAUGACACAUUGGCAUCUCUGAGACGUCAAGUACUCCGUCGAAUCAAAGCUAGUGGUACUAACGUCAAACUAGAUUUGUUCAUCAAUGGGGAGCCUCUCGAGCAAGCCGAUGAUAGAAAAUUGCUCUCCCAAAUACCGCUAAGAGACAAAAUGUUACUGUCAGCAAAAUUAAGCCAAGUCAACAUUAAUUUGCCUAGUUCUCCAGAAAGUAGUUCAGAUAGCUCUACCAGUUCACCUCACCAUCCUUACGAUGGUCCAAAUUUAGAAGCAGAAAAUAGUCUACCUGGCGUGGUAAUGUCACAGCGGUCCCAGCACGCGACGUUCUUUUUUCAACUUUCGGACCUUGGAUGUAGACUACAGUACCCCCAACUUCGAGAUGGUGCCCGCAAUCUUCUGCAUCUGGUACCUCCCGACACAUUGACCGUAGCCCGGUUGCAGUGGUUUUUUGGUCGUUACAGAGGCUUGGAUGAGGAUGCAUCUCACAGUCAUCAGUGUAAUGAAGAAAAUACCACCGCCGAGUCCCUCUUCUUUGCCCCAAGUCCCAGCCAAGUCUUAUACAAUCUGGUGGUUAUGUAUACACUUCUUAUGCCAGCCUUGGACCUAAUGACGGACAAAGCCUUUGAAUUUCAAUACAAUUUCAUUAAGAGUGGUGAGGCCAGUGUGAUUCUUGACAUGCUAACAAAGAACGAAUUUCUGCCCAAUGCCGAUGAGUCGACCAAGCGAUCGGCAUAUUUUACUGUAUUGAAAUUAUGCAAACUGUUGCUGACCGUUAUUGGGAACGUAAUGGUGCGCGUAAUUGAUGAGGUAGUUCAGCAACAGUCGUCAAGCCCAGAUGGGAGCCAGGAGAAUCAUGAAAAUCACAACAAUGGAGUCCGCGGUCCAAUCGCUGUGUUGAAGCAAGCGCUCCAAAGUGUACCGAAUCAAAAUACAGAACAUAUGCUACGAACUGUUGCUGCAAGGCUUGCCCAGCAUCUCGCGGAUCAGAUGUUAUCAGGUGGAACUGAGUCUGACCGAUGUAGGCAGCUUUUUGUUCAGGCCCUUUCGUGGAAACUGCCUGACUUCGCAACGAUAGAUGCCAUUGUGAGAUUAGCCUGGGCAGCAUCCUCGGGGAACCUGAACAACGUCGAUGCUUCUCCAGAAGUACUCCAUACCGCACAUACGGCUAGCCAGAAAGAGCAGAGGGUACCGGACAGUGCCGACGUGCAAGUAUGCAAGGAAGCUCUGGAGGUUCUAACGAUAGCUUCGGUGCUGAAUCCCAGCGCUUUAGACACGUUAACGAGCCUCAAAAUGUGGCACACAUUUCUUAUCGAUCUUGUUCUGCUAACCUCAUCGCGAGAAGUGAGAGUUGCUGCUGCUGAUCAGUUCUUUUUAAUAUCAACUUGGUGCAGUGGUGGUCAUCAGCAUUUGCAGUUUUCUAUUAGUCUGCUGUUCAGUAUUCUCAACACAACCGUUAAGGAAUAUGCAAAACAAAGCCAAGAGUAUUUUCAGCUGCUGUGCAGGUUGUUGAAUUAUGCCUACAUAUGGGGGUGUCCCUCAGCUAACGCUGAAACGCUUCUGAGCAACGAGAUAUGGUGGUUGAAAAAGAUAAGAGGAAACGUAAUGCUGUCGGGGGAGAGCCAGGUGGACGAAGCUCUUCUCGAGGGUCAUCUUGGUCUGGCCAAAGAACUGUUAUCUUUUGUACCUGCGGAGAAAAAAUACGAGUUGGGUUCAGACGAGAAGCAUGGUGUUAAUCUGAUAAAGGAAUUAGUGGAAGACUUUGUAUUCCCGGCAUCAAGACUGAUGGUACAGCUUCGUAGUACCGGUGAAGUUGUCUCGCGUUAUUUAUUGCACGUAUGCUCAAGUCCCCUCUCUACAAGCGCUGCCUUGGAUCUACUUGUCGGUCUCUGCGUCGGCUCUGUGCCAAAUAUGAAGCUUCUAGUCACAAUGCUCACCGACAUGUUCUAUUCGGAGAAAGACGAGCCACUUGUCGAAUGGGACUACCUGCCUCCGGUAGGACCGAGACCAGCUAAGGGAUUUGUCGGUCUGAAGAACGCAGGGGCAACUUGUUACAUGAAUUCGGUGCUGCAACAGCUCUACAUGGUAGAAAGUAUCAGAGUCGGAUUGAUGAUGGCUGAGGGGGCUGCGACGGAUGUGAGUGAAGAUUUUUCAGGCGAAGAGAGAUCUGAAGGCGAACAGACGGUGGAAGCAAAUGAUAACGACACAAACGAAGAAAAGUGUGGGGCCGACGAGUCCAGGCGGGAGUACAACGUUGGCAUCCUUAAGCAGGUCCAAGCUAUUUUUGGCCACCUUGCUUACAGCAAACUGCAAUACUACGUACCCCGUGGACUUUGGAAACAUUUCAAGCUUCAGGGUGAGCCUGUAAACCUCAGGGAGCAACAGGACGCCGUUGAAUUCUUCAUGAGUCUGGUGGAAAGUUUGGACGAGGCGCUCAAAGCACUGGGACAUGAACAGAUAAUGGGGAAAAGUUUGGGUGGUUCUUACAGUGAUCAAAAGAUCUGCAAAGGCUGUCCGCAUAGAUACUCUAAAGAAGAGCCCUUCAGUGUGAUUAGCGUAGAUAUUAGAAAUCAUAGCAAUUUACUCGAUUCCCUGGAGCAGUAUGUGAAGGGUGAACUUCUCGAAGGGGCCGAUGCUUACCACUGUGACAAAUGCAAUAAAAAGGUUGUGACCGUUAAAAGGUUGUGCGUGAAAAAGCUUCCGCCAAUACUGGCGAUUCAACUGAAAAGAUUUGAAUAUGAUUUCGAACGUGUUUGCGCGAUUAAAUUUAACGACUACUUCGAAUUUCCGAGAGACUUGGAUAUGGAGCCGUACACGGUGUCUGGACUCGCCAAGUUGGAGGGUGAAGUAAUUGACUGUGAUUUCGAGGAGGCAAACAGGGGAACAUGUACAAAGUAUCAGCUGAGCGGAAUUGUCGUUCAUAGUGGACAGGCAAGCGGCGGUCAUUACUACUCCUACGUUUUGCACAGGCAAAAGGACGGUACUGCAAAGUGGUACAAGUUCGACGAUGGGGAAGUUACCGAAUGUAAGAUGGAAGAGGAAGAGGAAAUGAAGACCCAGUGCUUUGGCGGUGAUUAUAUGGGUGAAGUGUUUGAUCAUAUGCUAAAACGGAUGAGCUACCGGAGACAGAAGCGGUGGUGGAACGCAUACAUGCUUUUCUACACCAGGCUGGACGUUGAGGAAAAUUCUGUGAUGAAAGGCAUCAACGAAGGGGGGCCCAUUUUUAGCAAACAAGGUGUAAUGAAAAUGCCACCUGCAAUUGAGUACAGUGUUUGGAAGCAGAACAUCAAAUUUAUGCACAAUCGGAAUCAGUUCAGUGCUGAGUACUUUCAAUUUAUACGAAAGUUAGUGUCCUGCAACUCCCACACAGUCAAUAGGCUUAACAUGAAUGAUAGGCUUAGUCCAGAACAUGAGGAACUCGCGAUGCUCUCGGUUCAAUUGGCAUCACGAUUUUUAUUCUAUACCGGUUUCCACACAAAGAAGACCCUCCGAGGAGCUGCCACCGACUGGUACGAUAUUCUCUGCCAACAUUUGCGAGGUAGCAAGGCAGUUCGUUCAUGGUUUGCUCAUAACGUCCUCUUCAAUCACCCCCAAAGGUUCUGCGAGUACCUACUGAGCUGUCCCAGCACUGAAGUACGGACGGCUUUUCUUAAAAUACUCGUAUUCCUCGCUCACUUCUCUCUGCAGGAUGGUCCCUGCACGCCACCUAGUCUGAAUGCUCCGACAAUUCUUUUGGAUCCCACGGCAACUCUCAGCGACCACCUGUUACAUGCAGUAUUGUUCUUAUUGCACCGAGAAGUAUCGGACCAUGGCCGUUAUCUGCCUCAUUAUUUCUCUCUAUUUCACACGUAUGCGACACUCGGACUCGCAGAGAAGGCCCAACUUUUGAAGCUGAAUGUGCCGGUAACAUUCAUGUUGGUGGCAAUAGACGAGGGACCAGGUCCCACGAUAAAAUACCAAUAUCCAGAGCUGACAAAGUUGCACCAGGUGGUGAGCAUGCUGCUGCGAUGCUGCGAUGUGUCCUCGAGAACACAAUCGAGCUAUACCGCAGCCCCCUUGCCAAAUCCUUACGGAGAGCCAUCGUGCCAGCCGGAUUACCUCAUGCCGAUACAACCACAGGCGGCUGAGAUCCUUUUUGUCAGAACUAGUUACAUGAAAAAACUCAUCGAAGAUGCAAACGUGACCGAAGACACGGUAAAGCUACUGCAAUAUUGUUGCUGGGAGAAUCCACAUCUGUCUAGAACGGUGCUGAGCGAACUCUUAUGGCAAAUCGGCUUUGCCUACACCCAUGAGCUCAGGCACCACACCGAUCUUCUAUUGGCUAUGUUACUGAUUGAGGACUCGUGGCAGACUCAUCGCGUGCACAAUGCUUUAAAAGGAGUACCUGAGGAGAGAGAAGGACUCUUUGAAACCAUACAGCGUAGCAAGAAUCAUUAUCAAAAACGAGCUUAUCAGUGCAUCAAGUGUAUGGUUCAGUUAUUUAGUAAAUGCAGACCAGCGCAUCAGCUGUUACACCUUAAUCCUGAAUUGAAAAGGAAGUGGAUGCUGGCUAUUGAAUGGCUACAAGAGGAACUCGACAAAAGGCCAUACACAUCGAACGCUCAGUAUGCUUACAACAAUUGGUCGCCACCGGCCCAAUCUAACGAAUCGACGAAUGGCUAUUUUCUUGAGCGCAGUAAUAGUGCAAAGAAGACUCUUGAACGAGCCUUUGAACUAUGCCCUGACGAUGGACAGGAGGUCGAAGACGCUGGUGAGGAAAGUGUCGAAGAAGGAGAAAGAUAUGUGCAGCAGGAAUCUGAGCAGCAGCCGCAGCAGCAGCAGCAGCAGCAACAGCAGCAACAGCAGCAACAGCAACAGCAACCACCGCAGCAGCAGCAACAACAACAACAGCAGCAACAACAACAACAACAACAGCAGCAGCAGCAACAACAUGAACAGCAGCAACAACAAGAACAACAUGACCAGCAGCAACUGCACAUCGAAUUCUCAAAAGCUGAACUACGAAGGCGACAACGAUCAGAAUCAGAAUUAUCCAUCAAGUUUAUCGAGCGAUAUAAUUCGCGUCACGUGCCUAGAUCCAACAUGAGGGUCCCACGAGAAUCGCAAGAUGAGGAACAACAGCAACAACAGCAAAUCAUUUAUUUCGAUGCGAAGGAUGUGAAGGAUCGCUCGCGCCGCAGAUCCGGACCAGUGCAGGUCGUCAGCUCUGCAUCGCCCAGUCCCCAAAACCCGGAUCAUCCCCAAGGUACCAGCCAGGAUCCAUAAUGGAUGUCGACGGCAGCGAUGGAUCCAUCCAUCGACGAACGCUUCAACGCAACUUCUACCCGGAUGUUCGGUUUUGUACAAGUAGGAUCAUCUCAGAUUUCCGUAGAGAUCAAGGAGACCUAAUAACUCUAUUUUUAAUCGAGUGGAGUGUUGGUUUAUUCGUUAAUUGCCGAUUUACGUUGCUUACGGAAAUUUUCGAUCAGCGUGUCGAUUGUACGCGACGAUCAGUCAUCCCGGUAAUUCGACAACGUCUUGGAUUUUUUAACGUGGGGGAUACAUCGCGGCCAAGAGAAUUACAAGUUUGUAUAAAUGUAUAGUGCGAACAAUAUCGUUGGAUCCCGUUUUCCACCGGUUGAGAUAGAUUAAGAAUAUUACAGAAACGAUGAUAAGCGAUAAGGGAACUAUGAUGAAUUAAAAUAUCGAAUUGACUAAUAUUAAAUUAGCGAAGAAACGACUAGUUGAAAUAAUGAUAACAAAAAUUAGUCAAACCAACGUUACAGACAAUGGAAUGAAUAUUUAAACAAUAACAAAAACCAAGUGUGAACAAACAAACCAAAAAUAACGAAAAAAAACGUUCGUAAUUUUUUCCGUAUAUAGUAUAAUAUCUGCUAUGUAAAUUUGAACAUAUUUUGAACUUAUUAAUAAAACACUUUGAGAUGAAAAAAAAAAAAAACAAACGAAGAUAUUAAAACAGUUCUAACGACGAGGCUGGUCGGCAAAUUCCUGCGCACGGCUGAACAAAUAUUCUGAUAAUGACACUAUUGUAGAACGAUCGGUUUUCCUGAAAAACAACAAAUCAAUUUUUUAACAAUCUCAGAACGAAUUUAGUAUACCACAUACACACGUAACACCAAUUUCACGCAUAAAUUAUCACCCGAUAUCGCUCUCGGUGAUUCGCCAAGUUGACUCGCAAGAGGUGAGAAUAACGAUGUAAUAUGGGUAUACCGUAUCGGUGAUGAUGUAUUGCAAGGCGUACCUUUGAAGAAAAGAAAACAAAAAAAAAAAAAAAAGCAACUAAUUCGAAACAUCGUGAUAAAAGUGCGUACGUAUCAAGGAAUUGAAUCGAAACAUGCUACCGGCUACGAAUGGUAGUGUGAGGAGAAAGUUGAAUAUUAGAAAAAAAAAAAAAAAAAAACAAAGAAAGAAAGAAAGAAACUUUGGAACAAGUACAUAUAGUUGUAUCGUUGUAAGGUACGUAUAGUCAUUGUCGGAGAUCUAGUCUCUCGUCUCUGUGGUACCUUGCGAUAUACGAGCAUACAUUAUAAACGCAUGCGUUUGAUAAAAUCCCGUGCGCCCGAUGAGCGGUUUGAAUCGAACAAGACUGCGGUCGCACCUCCUUACAACAACCGAAAACAACAACAAGAAAAACAAUGACGCGUGUGUUCUAUUGUAUGUUGCGUAUACUGUGCGUACGUAUACACGAGACGCCCAAUUUUAUCACCACUUAUCGUUGUAGAUAUUCAAAUCAUUUUUACUAUCAUUCACGCAGCUGAUACGUGACGCGAGACAAUCGCUACGGGAUUCGGAUUCCUUACUUCAUAUUGUGGAAAAAAAAUUCCGACGGAUAAUAACGAGGAGAUGAGAUGUCUGCAUCGGUUCCCCAGUCAAGGAUUCGUAAAUAUUGUAUUCGAAAAACUUUAAUUAUUGCGAUUACUAUUUUUUCGGUCAUUAUUACAUCAAGCGAAACGGAUAAUCGAGGGACGACAGCGGUGCGCAGGGUACAUGCAAAAGUCCCGCGGGUGGGCGGCGUGAAUUAUAGUGGAAAUUUAGAAGUGUGAUUUUUUAACGAGUUACCAACAAUAAGGUUCGCCUCGUUCGAUGAAUCUGACAGUUGAAUGAGUAUUCGUAUAUGAUAGAGGAAAAAAUAAAAUAAAAAG